AUGCAUGCUUGUAUCGGAAGCCUACAGUUACCGGACGAAAUUCCAAACAAUGACGUACCGACAACUAACAACAGUAUCUCUCUGGGCUUUCCCACCUUUGCAUCGCUGCCCUUUGUCCGGGACAUGAACGAUCAGGACAACGCAGCCGACGGCGAUGUGCUGAUGAACUGUCAGAAUUCCCUCAAACCCAGUCCCUCGCCACACCAGGAAUUCGAUUCUCCCGGUCUCAAGACUGGACGACCGGAUUCAGUGACUUGCUCCCAGCUGCCUCCAAAAAAGCUCUACACAGACGACAUUCCAGUGCUAGAUCCCUUCCCGGGCUACUACGGCUUCGAUUUUUACCACCCGCUUUGCGAGGACGCCUACGAGGCCACGGAGACGAAACCCAGCACAGCCUAUUUCGUGAGUUCAAGUUAA